UAUUCGUAACCAACUUCAUGCAGCUCAGCUGUUCGACAUAUUGUCUGUGUGAUGUAGUAUAAUCCAUCAGAUUAUCAGCACCGAAGGAUCGAUCCGAGGAAGCUUAAAACGAUGCCUUUCGGGUUAGUUUCGGCUUGGAACAAGCGACGGAGAAGCAAAUCUCAGGAUCAUACUGACCCAUGGGUUUAUAAGCCAGUUGAGUGCUGGCAAAUUGAAGAAAACCAAAUUCCCAGGCCUGUAAAGAGACGACAGGGAUCAUCGGUUUUCACGCUCAAGGAGAUGGAGGAAGCGACGGGUUGUUUCAGUGAUGAGAAUCUGCUUGGGAAAGGAGGGUUUGGCCGAGUUUAUAAGGGCACUCUUAGAUCAGGAGAGGUUGUUGCAAUCAAGAAAAUGGAUCUUCCGGCAUUCAAAGAAGCCGAAGGAGAACGCGAGUUCCGCGUAGAAGUCGAUAUCUUAAGCCGACUUGACCACCCGAAUCUGGUGUCGUUGAUAGGUUACUGUGCAGACGGAAAACACCGGUUUCUAGUCUACGAAUACCUGCAGAAAGGGAACCUGCAAGAUCAUCUAAAUGGUAUCGGUGAAACGAAGAUGGAUUGGCCUUCCAGGCUGAAGGUGGCGAUCGGAGCAGCUAGAGGGCUUGCUUAUUUACAUUCCAGUUCUGCUGUUGGGAUCCCCAUUGUUCAUAGGGAUUUCAAGUCUACCAAUGUUCUUCUCGAUGCCAACUUUGAAGCCAAGAUAUCUGAUUUUGGACUAGCCAAACUGAUGCCAGAGGGUCGCGACAUUUAUGUUACGGCAAGAGUUCUUGGUACAUUUGGUUAUUUCGAUCCUGAAUAUACUUCGACGGGGAAAUUAACUUUACGAAGUGAUGUUUAUGCAUUCGGAGUGGUUCUUUUAGAGCUUUUGACCGGACGUAGAGCUAUUGACAUAAACCAAGGACCGAAUGAUCAAAACCUUGUCCUUCAAGUUAGGCACAUAUUGAAUGACCGGAAGAAGUUACGAAAGGUGGUCGAUCCGGAGAUGGCUCAGAAUUCAUACACCAUUGAAUCCAUAGCUAUGUUUGCAAACUUGGCGUCCCGAUGUGUCCGUGCCGAGAGCGGAGAGCGGCCGUCGAUGCCAGAAUGCGUGAGGGAACUCCAACUGGUUUUCUGCACAAAUGCAAAAGGCCUGGGCAUGGGUUUUAAGAUGCGUUAGGAGUUUAAAGAGUUGAGAGAAAAUUGUAUCAUAUCAACAAUAAGGAUGCUCUGAAUUAUGUGUAAAUCAUUACUACGAUCCCAAUUCGAUAAGAACGAUUAAGAAAAUCAAGUAGAAGUUGUAGACACUUAAUUUUGUCCAGAGUCAUUAUCGAAAUGAUAAUAUAUCUUAAUAUGUGUAGGCCUAAUCUUGAAUCACCUGUUUGUUUGCUGAUGGUUUUGCCUAUUGCAACUAAUCCUAUGCAAUGCAUAGUUUGUAUAAACAUUGUGAAAUAAAUUAAACUGUGAGCAAGUUUGCAUAUUUAGUC